UAUUUAAAAAUGUAUCUUUAUAGUUGAAAGUAUUACAGUCUCCUUUUUUUACCCCAUUGACCCCCUGUGUUUUCCUUAGUUAAAUAACCAGACAUUCCAGAUUACAUAAAACAGGCCUGAUUUUUCCUAACUUGAACUUUGACAGCUGACACCUCUAGUUUUGCAGUCGGCAGGCGAUUCAUAACUAUUGUCUGUGACUUCACAUAGCACAUUUGUGUGCUGCUACUCUUUACCGAAGGGAGAAGUGGGUAUGAAUACAGCUAUUUGCUUAUAUUAGGAAAAAUUAAAAAUAAAUAAGGUUACCCAUGAGCUGGGAGAGAGAGGACAGGGUGGAAGGGGCAACAAUGGAAACUGGAUUUCUCUGAAUAUAACUUGUUUUUUAGGUCAACUUUGGAACCAUAUAAAUAUUUUACACUCUUAAGAAGCAAAUUAACUGAAUUGACUAUCAAUAAGGCAGAAGAGAAUGAAAGAAGUAGAUAAUCUUGAAAGUAUAAAAGAAGAAUGGGUUUGUGAAACAGGAUCCGACAACCAGCCUCUUAGUGAUAAUCGACAGACAACUUGUGAAUAUUUUGUCAACAGCCUUUUUGAGGAAGCCCAGAAGUUUGGCGCCAAAUGCUUGUCUCCCACCGAACAGAAGAAACAGGUAGACGUGAGUAUAAAAUUAUGGAAAAAUGGAUUCACAGUCAAUGACGACUUCAGAAGUUAUUCAGAUGGUGCAAGUCAGCAGUUUCUAAAUUCCAUCAAAAAGGGGGAGCUGCCUUUGGAGCUGCAGGGCGCCGUGGGCAAGGAGGAGGUGGAUGUGGAAGUGGAAGACAAGAAACACGAAGUGUGUGCGGCCACGAAGCCCGUGUUCCAGCCCUUCUCGGGCGCGGGCCACCGGCUGGGGAGUGCCACACCAAAAAUUAUUUCUAAAGCAAGAAGUAUCGAAGUUGAGAAGAAAAAUAAUGUUUCUACUGUCCCACUAAACACCCUGGAGCCCAUCACUAACAUACAGAUCUGGUUAGCCAGCGGGAAAAGGGUUGUUCAGAAAUUUAACACGUCUCAUAGGAUAAGCCACAUCAAAGACUUCAUCGAGAAGUACCAAGGGUGUCAGAGGAGCGCUCCCUUUUCGCUGGCGACCGCUCGGCCUCGCCUCAGGGCCCUGGACGAGGCGCUCACUCUGGAGGAAGCGGACCUGCAGAACGCCGUCGUCAUCCAGAGGCUCCAGAAGGCCGCCGGGCCUCCUGGAGAACUGUCAUAGCACUGACUUUUGAGACACGUAGUGGAAAGUUCGCAGAGAAAUGAUGGUUAUAAGUGGACAUGCAAACCGAAAUGGGGGAACGUCAGGUUCGCUGGACUUUGGGUUCGAGUCCUACUUAACUCCCUCCGGACUAGAAGAUUUUGAAGUAAGUACGAGUUAGGAGAGCAAACUGUGGCUGGAAACUAUUCAAUGCACUGCCUCCCAAAAGGCUACUCAGAAAAAUAUACUUACUUUCAAAUACCAGUUAUUCAACAUAAGAUAUAUUAAAUGACUGCAUCAUUUAGUAUCUUAAUGUAUCAAUUAGCAAAUAUGUUCACAGCAUCAUUCAUUGAAACAGCAGUGAUUGAUUUAAAUGUUAGCUGUCUCAGAAUUUUUAAAUAGCAGUUCAUUAAACAUUAUACGUGGCGGGUUAAACGCAGCAGUGUCAUUAUUUUAUACCUGAGAUGCAAUCAAAAGGCUGAAAGUAACUGCUUUCUCCACGGCUAUGCCUAGACCUCAAAGUGCUCUCAGUUUGCAUUCUCUAAGGGCAGGGUACACUCAAAUAUUAAUUUGGCAAUAGUAUCUAAGACGUGUUUUCAUGUAAGAGUAAAAUUCUGGAGCUCAGUAUAAUGUCAGUAUUAAUCUGCCUACUAAUGUUUCACAUUUUUGAGAAGUGUAAUUUUUUAAAUGUAUCAAAAGCCCUCUAUUGACUAUUUUAAAUUAAUCAUUGAGACCCCCCCAUUUUUCUUUUGAUGACAGAAUUUUUCCCCCUCCUUUAUUGUUGUAACUAUUACAGAUGUCCCCCUUGUCUCCCCACUGAACCCCUCCACCAGGCGUCUACCCCCCUCCCCCAGGACUUCUCCAUGCUAUUGUCAGUAGCCACAGGGCAUGUGUGCGCAUCUACGUUCUCUGAUUACUCUCUCUCCCCACCUCCCACUGAAGUGUAAUUUUUUAAAAAAUUAUUUUUUCUCCAGAAGCCUCAGUUCAUCCCCUAUUUUCUUUUCUUUCAAGAAGUAAGGACUUAGCUAACAUUUGGAGUGAAGCCAUUCAUUUGAGGCCACUUACUUAGACUCUCAUGUCACAUUGCUGAUGGAUAUUUUUAGAUGCAUUAUGUAAUGUAUGUUUUCUGUUCCAUACGUUAGAGGCCACCUGUGUGUACAUUAAAGGAUUGUUUACUGCAUUCCGAUACCACUAAGGAAAACAUGCUUUGUUUCUUAAAGUUUAAAACUGGUCAGACUUCGGUAUCUCACUGUCGGAUUACAUCCCCCUGCCCAAAAGUAAGUUUAGGAAGCUUUUCUGCAAAUGAUCCGUUGAAUCAUGUUUAAAGCAACACAUACCCUGAGGGCGCCAGAAGAGCCGAGUCACCAGCCCGUCAGCAGUGACGUUCACAGGGCACUGACAUCUGCCGGAAAGAGCAGUUCUCAAGCUAUUUGGCCUCAAGACCUUUUCUUUAUGUGGGUUAUAAAUAUAUUAACGAUUAGAAGUUAUAAAAUAAGUACUCCUUUAAGAAUAAUAAACACAUUAAUAUAAACAUUUUUAUGAAAAAUGCCUAUUUUCCAAAACAUUAAAAAAAAAAGAUUUAGUGAGAAAUGUGGCAUUUUAUUCCGUUUUUUGCAAAUGCCUUUCCCGUCUGAGAAAGCAGAUGGAACCUCCUGUCUGCUUCCACGUUCAAUCUGUUGUGAUAUCACACAUCACGUCGCCUCUAGUCAGUGCUACUCUGCGUUCAUGAGAAAAUGAACACAAGCAGUGUCUCGGGAUGAUUAUGAGAAUCGUUUUGACCUUGUGGACCCCCGGGAAGAGCCAUUCUUAAAAAGCAAUGAUUUGCAGUGGGCUCAAGCCUUAGCGUAAGAAUCACUUGGGAAGCUUUUCCAAACGCCUGUUCCUAGGAGCCCUUCCCCAGGCCAUUCUGAUGCAUCGCAUCUGGGACGAGUCCCAGAUCCCUGCAUUUCUCAGCUCAUUUGAUUCUUAGGUAUGUAGACGAAGGAGGUCCUGCCCUAAAGCCUCCACCCUGAGAAAGGAAACCGCCACGGACAGUGGAAGACCCUGCUCUGAACUGGGGCUGCUGGGCCUCUGGGUUUUCCCUUCGCCCCACAGCUUGUUCUUAGGCUGUUCCCCUUGAGUCUGAACUGGCCUGGCACAGACCUGGACCUCAUCUUCCAGCGGCACAGCGGAGACCAGGCUGGCGAGGUUUUUACUAAGGGCUCAGGAAUUGCGAAAGGGAAGCGCCCACAUACCCAGAUGACCUGUUUCUUAGCUGCGUCUCCUGCCUGAGGCCCAGUGAGGAAGGCUUCCUUUCGAGCCCAGCCUCUCUGUGGUAGAGGCCUGUCUUUUUAUUAGGAAGAGACGCAGGACAAAGGAAACCCUUUUCCUUUCAUUUUUAAUCCCAGAGAUGAACAGCUAUAUAAUCGAAAAUAGUCAGUAAUGCUUACAGCUGUGGUAGAGCCCUGUCUCCAGUGAAACAAAUAUAAUGGCAUUCUUUGAAAUAACGAGGGGACAGAAAAAUCAAUGAACUCUUUCAGAUAUAAAAUAACAUGAGGAUGAUGAGUGUAUUUUCAGGAAUAUGUAAGAAAAUGUUUCAUAUAAGCCUGUCAUGAAACAUUUUAUCAUUUUUAUUUGCAUAAUUAUAGUCAUUAUGUGAUUCUUCAUAUAUUUCUGUAAAGGGGCCUCUCAUUGGAAAUAUUUGCCUUGUACCUAUAGAAAAGCCUCCUUCGAGGAUCUUCCAGUUUGUGGUUAUUUAACCAGAAGACACAUUGGGGGUUUUCUUAUGUGUCCAUGUAGAAUGCACUGCAGUGGGAAGUUCCUAUAGGGAAAGACCUGUCACCAGCAAUAACCUUCAUUUUUGUAACUGUUAAAAGCUCCCACUAGUGUGCGUAACAUUCUCAGAGGUUGUCUAAAAGGAGAAUCAUAUGAGAAAGCUUUUUACCUGAGAGUUUCACAUUGUAAAGUUGUUAAUCAAAUGUGUAGGAUAGUCAAAACAUGUUGAUUUUAGAAAACAUAAACCGAAUUUAUCAAGGGAAGGCAAACGGAAAUGAGCAUCGUAGGUGUGGAAUAUAAUUUGACCUAAGUGGGUUCAAAACUGUCAUCAGUUUCUUGAAAAUCAUUUUUAGGGCUGAUAUACAGAAGUACAUUUCUAACUUUGCAGAUGCUAAUUUAUUGGUUAAAUUACUAUGCAUUAUCCAGGUUAUAAAAGUGAUCUUAUUUUAUAUAUUUCUCUCAUUCAGAAUACUUUUUAUUACAUUUCAUUGUGUUGAAAAUAUGGCGUGUAUGCAUCUAUCUGAGUGCCUUAAAGUACUUUGAAAGCAACCUUUUGCUCUUGGUUAAAGAACUGUUGUCAUAAGGAUGAAAUACUAUUCAUUAAAAGGAUCUGUGAAGUGA